AUGCCGCCCCUAACAAAAUUCUGGCUGACAAAGGUCAAAGACCGCGCGUCAUUGUCUGAUCAAACCUUCCUUGGCCUCCUUCGCGACGCAACCUCCUUUUGCGCGUCAUAUACAAAUCCCAACAAUGACCCAUCGACACCCACAAUGCACGCCUUCUACCGUGUCGUGAACACCAAGGGCAGCGGCUCCUCUCCCUCUGACCUCCUCCUUAUGGUGUCCGGCUACCCAUCGCAAGAGCUCAAUGAAGAGGUGCACAACGUUUACAUGCCAGAGUACGGAGCGCGGAUGUUCGAGUACGUGGAGCAUGUGUCGUUACGACAGGUUGAGCUCGUGUCGAGUGAGUUGCCGCUCGCGGAGAAGGUUGUUAUUUCAUGUACUACUGGCGGUUCAGAGGGGCGUAAAGAUGGGCAGGUGGGUGGGUGGGAUAUCUGGGAACAGACGCCUGAGGAACGGGCGAUUAUCUCUGCGCAGGGAGGUCGGAAGGACGGGAUUGACGGGGAGAGGGUGUGGGUGGGUGUUGAGCCUUGGCUGGAUACGGAGGAGACCCUGGGAUCUGGACAGGAGGUGUUUUAUUGUGAAAUGAUAGCCAGAGGAUAA